AAGGGGGAAAAAUUUAAAAAUGAUCUUAAAAUAUUUAUAAAGUGAACAUUAUGGAAUAUACGAAGGAGAAAUACUCAGAGGAUAAAGACAUACCAACCUGUGCAAGGAGACGCGUCUUUGUAACAAUCAUGCUUUUCCUAGGAAUGGCCAAUGCGUAUGUUAUGCGCACCAAUAUGUCCGUUGCUAUUGUAGCCAUGGUCGACCACACAAGCAUCACGAACGACCCCAACUCAACUCGGUAUGUUGGAGAUAAUCUACACGGCGAGUUCAAAUGGAGCUACAAGCUACAGGGCUACAUAUUGGCCAGUUUCUUCUAUGGCUAUGUUUUAACACAAAUCCCAUUUGGAUUUCUUAUCAAGAACUAUGGAUCCAAACAUUUCCUUGGCUGGGGAAUGAUGAUCAACUCUUUGGCCGCAUUUCUAGUACCAAUUUCCGCCCGAAAGGGUGGCUAUAUGGCUCUCUGCGUGGUUCGCUUUAUUCAGGGCCUCGGUGAAGGUCCCAUUGUUCCCUGUUCACACGCCAUGCUGGCCCACUGGAUACCACCCGAUGAGCGUUCACGUUCUGGCGCCGCUGUCUAUGCGGGAGCCCAGUUUGGCACCAUUGUAUCCAUGCCGCUGAGUGGCCUGUUAGCGGUUCAUGGCUUUGACGGUGGCUGGCCUUCGAUUUUCUACGUUUUUGGAAUUGUAAGCACAUUAUGGAGCGUGCUAUUUCUUUGGCUGGUCCCCGAGGAUCCAAGCGUCGCCAAGACCAUCAGCGAAGCGGAGCGCAAGUAUAUCAUUGAGGCCAUCUGGAGUACACAGCCAGCUAACAAUACAGCUAAAACCCCAAUUUGUAGCAUAUUUAAGUCUGUGCCUUUUUGGGCAAUCAUGAUAGCGCAUUCGGGACAGAACUAUGGCUAUGAGACGCUGAUGACAGAGCUGCCCACCUACAUGGCAAUGGUAAUGAAGGUGAAGCUGAAAGCGAAUGGUUUUCUCUCCUCGUUACCCUAUCUGGCCAUGUGGAUUAUGGCCAUAGUGUUUUCUUUUAUUGCCGAUAGGCUGAUUCGCAACAAUAUGAGCAUUACCUUGGCACGCAAGAUUAUGAACAGCCUUGGACAGUAUGGGCCGGCGGUAACACUCCUCGCCGUUGGAUAUUGUUAUCAGAGUUUGAUAUUAACUGUGGCUUUAUUCACCAUCGGCAUGGGCCUUAACGGUGCCAUCUAUUCGGGCUUUAAGAUCAAUCACUUGGAUCUCUCGCCAACCUUUGCUGGCCUUCUUAUGGCCAUGACUAAUUGCUGCGCAAAUCUGAUCGGCCUUACAGCACCCAUGGUCGCCGGACAUGUGAUCAAUCAGGAUCCCUCUAUCGUCAACUGGCGCAUUGUGUUCCUCAUCUCGUCCGCCGUUUAUGUCACAUGUGCCACAUUCUAUCUAAUAUUUGCUUCGGGCAAACGACAAUGGUAACAAUAAAA